AAAUAUUGUUUUCGUCGUUUGAGCACGUGCGAAUUAGACGAAAACUACUUUCCCUUGUCAAUGUAGUUUCCGAUAGGUGGCUCUGUAAGAGAGCGUUUUACUCGUGGCCGAGUAACUCUGUUCAGUCAUUCAGCGUUGGGAUUGACUGAUCGAUACAUGUGUUAAUUUGCACGGGAUAAACUUGCAUAUGAAAAUGACCACGCGGUCUGGCGAAGAGUGUGCUUCUCAGGAAAAUAUGGACUUAAAUAGUUCAAUUAGGGAACUUUUAGUAGAAAUGCGCGAACAGAAAAGAGAAAUAAGUUCUCUAAAAGAAGAAGUUCGAGGGAAUUCGCUUUCCGUGCGUUCUGAAGUUAAAAAAUUGAAGACGGAACAUGAACUAAAAUGGCGAUACGAAAGCAACAAAAUUCAGCACGAUUUCAAUUCGGAAUUGCACGAGAACAUUAGCCAGGUGCUUUGGGCAUUUGAAAACAACAAACAAGAGUACGCUCGCGAGCUAGUUAAUGACGCUUGUGAACAGUUAAAGCGACGAAACAAGCUUAUCCGUAUAGCAGACACGUCUGAGGGCGGAUGGGAGACGGUACGCCAAUAUGAGGCAAACCCCGUGGCUAGCGACUCGAGUGAUGAAUCAAGGAUCAACAGAGCGGAGGCAAGAGCAGCAAAGAAGAAGAAGGCGAAGUCAAAGAAAAGUGUUAAGCCUUCCGCUACCGUCACUUCCGGAAGCUUGCCACGUGGCGGAAACACGUUUUCGUUUCCGGUGCAACAGCAGCGCUCAGGACCCAUGCAGCAACUGCAUUCUUUUCAUCCCCAUUAUUUCAAGGGCAAUGCAAGAGACGGAAUUGGUCCCUGUUUCGCUUGUGGAGAAACCACCCACCUCAGACGCCACUGCCCCUACACCCGGCGGAUCCCGCAGCUUGACGUCCCUACCAAACAGUAGUCACAGACCGCAGAACCCGGUUAUACCAGACGUAGAUUUAAAAGAUUUAUUUUUUCAGAGAUACGGAAGUGAAGUUGAUGGCUUGCCAGAGGUCUUGGCGGAGAAGGUAUCCUUGCUGCCCGAGUUGCUUAAAGUCACCAAAGCGGAAAACACGCACCUCAGUUACAAAAGGGGCUUCAAUCGAUGGCGUCGUUGGGGGUAUGCUAAUGGGCUUUCAAGCGGGGAUGCCUUGCCCGCCAAGGCUUUUCAAGUUGCGCUAUAUUUAGCGUCAAUUAUACAAACAGCUAGUAGUGCAAGUCCGAUUAUAAAUGCGUUCUACAGUAUAAAAUAUUAUCAUGAUUUAUUUGAUUAUGUAUCACCUACUGAUUCAAGACUUGUCAUUAAUAUGUUAGAAGCUGCAAAACGGCGUUUAGCGAAACCUGUGAAUAAGAAAGAACCAAUGACUGUUGAUUUACUGCAACAAAUGUACACACAUAUGUAUGUUGAAAAUGAUGUUAUGAAUCAAAGAUUUAUUUGUAUAUGCCUUUUAUCAUAUGCUGGGUUUUUAAGAAGUGCAGAGGUACUAAAGUUGAGAAGGAG